AAACAAAAGAGCCCAAUAUCUAGGACGUCCUUACAGAACCCAAAUCCAGAAGCAUACCAUUUGUAAGGAGACGCGUGGAGAAAAUAAACGAUUUGGAGAGUCCUAAAAAGAAAGUCACGCCACAUCGACAUAAAAGCCGUCAUAACAAGUACAAUUUGUACAGCUCAUCAAACUCUCUUGAAUCUUCUCUCUAAAGCGGCGGACUCAGUCAAACUCAAACAUCAUUGGCCGUCUCUCUCCUUCUCUUUAUCCUUUUGUUAGAGAUUACGUCACUUUCUAUAAAACGAUACUCUCACUUUCACUCCUUGUAAAAUAUUCUCUUUUAUCAAAGAUAUGUCCCCAAGGCUGGAAAAUGUGGGUCACGCCGAUGCCGCCGGAGGAAAGGUUAAGGAGGUGCAUUAUAGAGGAGUGAGGAAGAGACCAUGGGGGAGAUAUGCGGCUGAGAUCCGUGACCCGGGAAAGAAAACUCGGGUCUGGCUCGGAACCUUUGACACGGCCGAGGAAGCCGCUAGAGCCUACGACUCCGCCGCGAGAGAGUUCCGUGGUUCCAAGGCAACAACCAACUUCCCUUUCAGCGGCGGCGUCGAUGCAGGGAAUGCUUUUGGCUUUGGGACCCAUGUGACGGCGCGUGAGGGAGUUUGUGGAAAUAAUAAUGUUUCGGGCGUGUUAGCUCCAAAGGUUACUGGAUUUUUCUUAGAUCUCCCGCAUGCUACUGCGUCGAGAGAGGAGCUGGUUCGAGGUUUCCCAGUCCGGUUCGAGCCAAUGGAAAUGGGAUUGAGUAUCGGUCUGAGAACUACCGUGGAAGUCAAGAGGGAUGCCGCUGAUUAUAAGCUUGGAAGGGAUCUGAAUCUAGAACUUAGCUUAGCUCCAUCGAUGGACGUUUAGUCAUCUUUUUUUUGUACUAGAGCUUAAUUUUUAAUUUAACAAGAAUAUCCUUUUUAUAUUAAAGAAAAUUAUCCCUUUUCAGUUCGUCUUGAAGAAAUAUAUUUUUGUCAUUUCUUUAUUGUGGCUGUACUCCUUAUUGGUAGAUUUAUGUUUCUAUACUUAGGUGUUAUAUCAUUUGUUGUCAAUA